UGGCGUUACGGAGCGCCCCGGGAGCGGCGGGGGGGCGGGCGGGGGUCCCGGGCGGGGCCGGCAUCGCCGCGGCUGGCUGCGGCCGCGGUGGCGGCGGCGCGCCGCCUCGCCUCCCCUCGCCUCCCCUUGCCUCGGCUCGCCUCGCCUGGCCGCUCGCCGCCGCGGAGGGGCGGCGCUGCCUCCCCGCACUCCCCCGCCCGGCGCCCCCGCUCCGUCUCCGGGAAGGGCGCGGGGAGCCCCUCGCUCCCUCUCGGCGCGGCGGCGGAGUUUGAGCCGGCGGCGGCGGCGGCUUGGGUGCGAUGCCCUGUCGUUAGCCGGCGGCCCGCCCCCGAGGUAUCGCCGGCGGGAAGGGGCGCGCGUUGCCGGGGCUGUGGCUGGCACCAUGGGCACCGGGCUGGGGGGCGCAGCGGCCGGGCUCUCUGCGCGCUCCGGCUGAGCCCGGAGAUGUGCCGGCGCCCUGUGGAAAUAUUUUGGAAAUAGCGCGGAGCGGAGGACGAGCGGCACAGCGUUUCACCAGCUGAGAGGAGGUCGCCCGGCGGUGGUGUAUAGGCAAACAAAUAUCACUUGCUGUGUCAUAGCACAUGGAUUUCAGGACCACCUGUGAAGAGACAAAGACAGGGAUUUGUUUGCUGCAGGAUGGUAACCAGGAGCCUUUCAAAGUACGACUGCACUUAGCCAAAGAUAUUUUGAUGAUCCAGGAGCAGGAUGUGAUCUGUGUGUCUGGUGAGCCUUUCUAUUCUGGUGAAAGAACGGUAACAAUUAGAAGACAGACUGUAGGAGGAUUUGGAUUAAGUAUAAAGGGUGGAGCAGAACAUAAUAUUCCAGUGGUCAUUUCUAAGAUUUCCAAAGAACAAAGAGCGGAACUUUCAGGUUUGCUCUUUAUAGGAGAUGCAAUUCUACAGAUUAAUGGAAUUAAUGUGAGAAAAUGCAGGCAUGAAGAAGUGGUUCAGGUCCUUCGCAAUGCAGGGGAAGAAGUGACCCUAACUGUGUCCUUUCUGAAAAGAGCACCUGCUUUUCUCAAACUACCGCUGAAUGAAGAUUGCGCAUGUGCCCCCAGUGACCAAAGCAGUGGCACAUCCUCUCCCCUCUGUGACAGUGGUUUGCAUCUCAACUACCAUCCCAACAACACCGAUACAUUGUCAUGUUCCUCAUGGCCAGCAUCCCCAGGACUUAGGUGGGAAAAAAGAUGGUGUGAUCUCCGAUUAAUUCCACUUCUUCAUUCACGGUUCUCCCAGUACCUUCCAGGAUCAGAUUUGUGCAGGCAAAAUGCGUUCCAAGUAAUUGCUGUGGAUGGGGUUUGCAGUGGAAUAAUUCAGUGUCUAUCGGCUGAAGACUGUAUUGACUGGCUACAAGCAAUAGCAAGUAACAUUUCCAACCUCACAAAGCACAAUAUAAAAAAAAUCAACAGGAAUUUUCCCGUAAACCAGCAGAUAGUCUACAUGGGCUGGACGGAAGAACGGGAACAAGACUCCCUUCAGGAUCGAAUGUACACACCAAAGUUUCUAGCACUGAGGGGAUCUUCCCUGUAUAAAUUUAUAGCACCUCCAGUCACAACCUGGGAUUGGACACGAGCUGAGAAAACAUUUUCUGUUUAUGAGAUAAUGUGCAAAAUUCUCAAGGACAGUGAUCUACUGGACCGACGGAAACACUGCUUCAGUGUCCAGUCUGAAUCUGGAGAAGAUCUUUACUUUUCUGUGGAACUAGAGUCUGACCUAACGCUAUGGGAAAAAGCCUUCCAAACAGCAACUUUUUUAGAAGUUGAACGGAUACAGUGCAAGACGUAUGCCUGUGUUUUGGAGAGUCAUCUUAUGGGACUUACCAUCGACUUUAGCAUGGGCUUUGUCUGUUUUGAUGCUGCCACAAAGGCUGUACUUUGGAGGUACAAGUUUUCCCAGCUCAAAGGUUCUUCAGAUGAUGGGAAGAGCAAAAUCAAAUUUUUGUUCCAAAACCAAGAUACUAAACAAAUUGAAGCAAAGGAGCUGGAGUUUUCCAACUUGUUUGCAGUCCUUCACUGUAUCCACUCAUUCUUUGCAGCCAAAGUGGCUUGUUUGGACCCUUUGUAUGUGGGCAGUCAAGCCACAGCUUCUGCAGUUCCCACAACUUCUGGUACUGGCAAAUUAAAGUAUACUACUUGACAUCUCACAUUGCAGCACUGCCACUUAACAACAAGACAUAACAAUGUAUAAAUAUUCAUAAGAUGUAGACCUUUGGUGAACCAUGUAUAUGGAAACCAACCUGGAGGCAAGACAUCUUGCAGCAUCAGCAGAUAAAUGGUCACGUGGGAUCAUAAAUUCAUCUCUGUUCUGCAAGACAUCAGUAAAUAAUCCUAGUCGAAACCCCAGAAUAGGAUGGAUAUGCUUUUAGUAUGAUCUAUUUGUACUUACAUAGUGCUUUAAGCAACACUGGAAGCAAAGGAAUAAAUGACGAAGCACUUCAGUAUUUAAUAAAAUUUUCAAAUUGCUGUAAUAAUACACAAAUAGAAUUGUCAUUUUCCUGUUUUCAGAUGUUUUUUAUGACAAUAUACUAAACUCUGAGUAUGAAAUUAAUACCCUAUCAUUAUAUUAUAAAUGACAUAAGAGCAAGCAACAAGCAUAUAGUACAUGGUGACAAGGAGAUAAGCAUGAAAAGGCAUUUGCGUAAGCAUCUCCUCAAAUAAGGAAGCACUUUAAGCACCGUUGUAAAUCCAUACUUGUGUCCAUACAUGGAGUCAUGCUACUUUUUCUAUUUUGAUCCUUUAGUCUAAAAAAACCAACAACGAAGAUAUAGCCAUAUCGGACUGAUAUGUUAAAAAAAAAAAAAAAAAGCCACAAAAAGCAAAACAGCUUCCCAUAAGUCCCUCUUCUUCAAGUAAAUAUAAUGUUAUAUUAAUUUAAUUUUAAACACAAAUUAAGUGCAAGUGCAUACUUCCUCCUUUUUUUUUUUUGAUCAAGAGUUAAAUUAUGUAAAUCUAAUAGUCUUUGUUCACAACACUUAGCUGUUGAAUUUGUUUCAGAGACAAUCUACCUAAUAUAUUGUUUCCAUGUUUAACCUUGAUUUCACAUCAUAAGUAGAACUUCAGUGCCACUCAGGCUCUCAACAAAAUAGACAUUCUACAUUAUGCUUGAAAAAUGAGUCCACCCUUUGAAUUCUUAAUAGUUUCUUUUUUUAUUAUAUAUUGUUAGUAAAAGACAGGAAUAAGUUAAAUAGCCUCUAAAGAAUAGAUGACAGAAUGCAUAAUGUCUUUGUAUGUUAAGAAUGUUACAUCAGUCUGGACCACAUACUAGUUCCAGAGUAUCAUUUAAUGAUGAAAUUUGAGGGAGUUGUGCAUUUAAAAUUAAUAACUUUAUUGAAAUAUAAUUUUUCAAAAUGUUUUAAUCUUGUGCUAUUACGCACAUCAGUGAAGAUGGAAAAAUGGUGAGAGCGUGUGUGGGAUAUAUCUGGAACAAUAGAAAAGGUGAGGGUUUUUUUUUUGCCAGACAGGAUAAGAGAACCUAAAAAACUGCAGAAAGAACAGUUAGUGCAGCUACAGUGUGUGCAUAACAUUUUAAAUAGUACUUUGUGGCUUUCUGUUUAUUAUAUUGAAAUCAAAACUAUCUUUUUUUUUUUCCCCACUUAGACUUGUUAUAGAAGCACGCAGCAGGUAAGGGUUAUGGACACAAUCUGCCUUGUUUAGCAGAAAGACUAAUUCUGUCACAUCCGUUUCUACGUAUUAAGAUAAUUAAAGCUUCAAAAGUGAAGCCAGAGGAAAGUUUUUUCAAAAUGGGAGCAAUUCAAAAUGCAAGGCAGGGACAAAAGAUAAAUGAAAUAUAGGGGCAAAUCGUGUCUCUGUUUUUUUGCUUUGCAUGAGAAAUAUUUGGAUUUAUGUGUGUGAGAGUAUCCUUGCCUUGAAGUAUAGCUGAUCUCACUUGAUAAUAGUUCCAAAUAAUCUGAAAAUAUAUUUUCUGAGGACUCUUUUAUCACUUUAAAAUGACUUUCAGUACAUGCUUACUUCUUAUUAGUACACCUCCAAGGGUUACCCAUUUAUUUUCCAUGCUAAAUACAACGGAAUGAUGUUGUAAUCCAGCUAUUAAAUGCUUUAAGUGUCAUCAACAUCCAACAUCUUCAUAGUCAUCCUUGUGUGUUUGUUUAUAUGAAUUGUCCCUAAAUAAGGAGGUCGCAUGUCUCUGAACGACACAUAAAACUACCAUGGGAUCUCGCAUUUGUCCCUGGGAGAGUACAAGCCCUGGAUGUUUUGAAUCCAAAGCUACGACAGUCUAAGGGGUUUAACGACGGUAACUCAGGCAUGGUCCUUGUCAAGAAAGCAUAUACUGGAAACACGAAUUUUGACAGAGCACUGACAACGCUGAAAACAGAAGCCCGAUAUCUCUUAAUGACAGUUCUCCUCCUCUGUGCUCCCGAAUCAUCUCCUUCCUUUUGGUGCGCUGCUGUGGCAUUCCGCUAUCACAGUGUUGGCAUGUGCUAACGCCUCAGUAAGUGCUCUGCUGCUAACAGCAGAAUCUAAAACUAAUCAGCUGCUAGCUGAAUGGUUUUCCUUCACCCGUUCGUGUUGUAUGCACAGUUGUACCACUGAAACUGAGAGUCGUUUAAGGGACGUUGUUUAAUGUCCUUAAAUGAACAUAACAUUUACCCAAACUAGCAGAAAGUAUGUCAUUGCAAAUUGCUGCAGAUUAAGGGACUCCAUGAUACGAAAGCCCUGAAAAAAAAAAUUUCAAAAGAAAAUGCUCCUCAUACAGAGCUGAGCUAAUGACAUGAACUUUUGGGACUCCACCAGGUUAUCCUGACAGAGAGAUCUCUGUUGAGUAUUCUGUUUGUAGAGCUGCUGUAUUCAUCAACAAGGCUUUUGCAACUGGGCGUUAAAUACACAACAUUUAAGAGACAACAUUAGUUUGUAAAUUGAUUUUGGUUAUUUGUUUUUCUAAGCCCCUAUAUUUUGAAGAGGCUAAACUGGUGGGGCUUAAUCAACACUUUUAUUUUCAUGAAGAUAAAAGUGAUGUUUUGAGAAUAUAAAAUACCAUAGGCUUGACUGCAAGUCAGUGUUGUUUUUUUAAAUGCAGCAAGGGUUUGUGCACUGAACUCACAGAAUAUUCAGAGGUGACUCUACAUCCUGGCUUGCCCUUUUAGAGCAAGUUGGUUAGAAAUUCAGCCUUGAACCAAAGAGGGAAAAUUUUAAACUCUGUGUUAUAACUAAUCCUGAAAUAGCAAAAUAUAAUUUGCAAACAUAUUUAAUGGUUUUGUAUUUCAUUUAAAUACCUACAGUAGAUUCCCAUUUAAAGGAUAGUGAACUUCAUACACACAUGUCGAAACCCAGGCUUUAUGUUGCAGCCUCUCGUUUCACACAUAAGAUAUAAUGAAUACAAGUAUUUUGUAAGUCAACACAGCCCACUGACAAUGAAAACACACAAUUGUAAUAAACUAUCAGCUUUUGCUAAAAAUCUGUAUGCAAGUGAAAGCCAGUAUUUCAACAAAAAAGAGCAAACCAACCAACCCAUAGCAUAAAAUGUAAUUUGUUCUCUUUAUGUCAUGAUAUUCUUAAAUAAGUUUAAUAAAAAAAUUCUUUAUAGUACUGUGCCUAUUGAAGUGUUGUUAUAUAGUAUACCAAAAAUAUGUACUCUUAAGUAUAGCUAGAUAUAUUUGGUUCAAUUUGCUUUGCUUUAUGAUGGAAAUUUUAGAUGAUCUGACCUUCACAGAACUAACCAUAUGCUAGGUUAUCACGUUAGCCUAAUUUUAUUAUGAAAGUGUUACUGAUUUGAAUACAUGCUAUUCUGGAUUUCAUCAGUGAAUGAAUGCAUUUCAUUUCCUACAUCUGUUUAAAAAUACAGUUCCAGAUUUUCAAGAGAGCUUUGCAUUCCAGCAUAAAGGCACCUUUGAAAUAAAAAUCAGGAUACUUUUAAAUGUUGGCCAUUUUAUUUUGUUAAUUAAGUGCAGCAAAAAGAUUGUGGAGACAAACUAGUUGUAAGUGGGUUAUUUUUUAAAAUGAGUAAUUUGAAGUUUUGUCUAUUCAAACUAGAAUUCACAAAAAUGCAAACCAAUAAUAUACAGUAUCAAUAUGCUUUGAGAUGAAAAUAAUGAAAAAUAUUCUUUUCCCAAUUAGUCCUUGAUUCCACAAAAAUAUUUUUAUUUACUUUGUGUGCAUAAACUUUAUCAGAACACAUCAAAGUGGACAGUUAAACACGAGUAGGUAGUUGUCAGUACUGCACCCUAUGACUUUAAAUGUGAUUUGCUUUAUUCCAUGCCUUAAGAUGUUUCUUACAUCAAACAAAAUAUUAAAAAAACUGAAGAUCUUGUGAAUGUACAGUUGCUGCCCUUAAAAAUUUAGCAGCAUUGCUGCAUAUUGUCUAAGUACCGUCAAGUAUUCCCUAUGCCAAAAAGAAAGACCAGUUUUCAUCCUGGUAUGGCAAUUCCAAGGAACCUUUUGGAAAAUGUAAUUUUAUUAAUACUAAACACUAAUCCUUGUAUUGCACUUUCCAUUUCCUUGCAGAGUCUGGUCUCUGAGAAAGUGUAGAGUCUGAAAAAAAGUUUAAGCUGAUUUUAAAAUGUUCGACCUCAGGCAAUUAUGAGUCCGUACUUUGGACUCGCACCUCUUACCAGUUCUGCAUGAUGAGAAACAUGAGAGGCACACUCAAGCUCCCAAAAUUUAAGUACCUCUCUUAGAUACCUAAGGUAGGACUUCAGGCUCUCAAGAGGGAAAUACGAGGCAGGAACGUGCUUAGGAUCUCUGAAGGUGCGUGCGUGUGCGUGUCUCUCUAAGGAGUUCGAGGUAUUUCUGUGUUUCUGUUUUCAUUUUAUCAGGAACGUGCUUUUGAAGCCAGGCUCCUGCCUGCUGCCACUCACCGUGCUAGUCUUCAUAUCACAGAGCUGUCUUUAAGCACACGAACUGGGUUUUUAGGAUGAAACUAAAUAAGCAUCACACCUAUAUGAGUUCCAGGUCCUGAUGGGCUUUCAGACCAUGUGGCCAUUUCAGAAAUGAGUCCAGAGGAAAGAAAACCCCUCUGAGAUGCUAACAGCGAGGCUGCCAGCUCCUGGUGCCAGCUGGUUCUGUCUCUGCAGCGGCUGCUGCUCGUGCACCGUGGGUGCUUGAAGGACCGUGGAAAGCUGAGCUUCACAGCGUAGCCCGCCAGAGCUUAGCGCCUGAAGAGGGAUGCUGUGCUGCGGCGAGGGGCAGGAUGAAGCUGAAGAAGGCUGAUGGGUGCCCAGGGCAGGUUAUUCUGCAACACCUUUUUCCCUCACCACACCGGGACAGUAUUGACUGCAGGCAGGCUGCCCCAUGCUGGUCAGCCCCCUCCCUGCUGCAUCUUUCUCCCAUCUACAGCAAAUACACACCUGAAUAUUUGCUCUGAGGUCCCCAAGCACAAUUCCCCGUCUCCUCACCCCGUUGCUCAGACAAAUGGCUAACCUGUAGUCUCAGCUACAUAACAGAGCCUCUAAACCUCGUAUGCAGUCAGGGGACAGCAUUAAGGAUUACGGCAAGGGCGUCCGUGUACCAGUAAGAGUGCCUGAGUGUGUGAGUAACAGUCAGGUUAAAGCAAAUAAAGUCACAUCUGAGCUUAAGAGCUUUCCUGUCUUGGAGAGUUCUUAAGUGCAAUUUUAGUAUUUCCUGGAAUAAGGUCUUUAAUGUCAGCACAUUUCUACUUGCUUGGCUCAAUUUUCAGGAAGUUUAGCAGAGAUAGUGGUUCACAUUCUCUUGGAAUCGUAGAGAAAAGCAUAGGGAUACUGGAAUAAAAAGAGAUUUCUGUUUGGAUUCUGUAUAUUAUUACAGUAUAUUACAUAAUCUAGUAAAAAAGAAAAAAAUGGAACAAUGUAAAACUAAACGAUUUCAUUUACAUAACCUAGUCAGUUUUCACUAUGGUAUACAUGCCUUCCACUUUCAGCAACUUUCUCCACAAGAAUCCCAACUAUAUAUUAUAGAAAUUCUUUUAUUAUUCAGUAUAUACUAAUAUAUAAUGCAUAGUGUGUGUGUGUGUGUGUGUGUAUGUAUAUAUUAGUAUAUACUAAUGGAAGAUAUUCAGUAUAUAUAUUAAUGGAAGUUACAUAUUAGGCACAAGUAUAAAACAGAAGCAUAAAUCCGUGAAGCUUUACAUUUAAAAACUUAUACUACUAUAAAGAAAAAUAUGUAUAUUAGUUGAAGAAAUGGCUAUUUUUGCAGAAUAUGCACAAUCUGGAUACACGAUAAUAAAUUGAUAAACAUUAACCAAUUUACUAUUUCAUACCUCCAGGAACUUUGGGUUUUUAAUUAUUCUUAUCCCUCUAGCAUAUUUGCAAUAUAUGUCAUAAGUUUUAAUUUGUUAUGGAUAAAAAUGACUGAAAAAAUGUAAUAGAAAGUGCUAUAUAUUUUAUAAAUAUUAAAAAUUUAAGAAAAAACUUAAAAUUAUUUAUUUAAAUUUUAGUUAUGGUUUUG